UUGUUAUGUUGACGCUGAUAGAGAAACAUGGCCGCCCACCUCUCGUACGGUAGAGUCAAUUUAAACAUUUUGAGAGAAGCAGCACGAAAAGACCUUCGAGAGUUUUUGGACAAAUGUGCGGGAAGCAAGGCCAUCGUUUGGGAUGAAUAUCUGACGGGGCCUUUUGGAUUGAUAGCACAGUACUCUCUCCUGAAGGAACAUGAAGUGGAAAAGAUGUUCACCCUCAAGAGUGGCGGGCUCCCCGCUGCUGACGUCAAAAAUAUAAUUUUCUUUGUUCGUCCAAGACUGGAGCUCAUGGACAUCAUUGCUGAGAAUGUAUUCAGUGAGGACAAGAUGCAUUCGCCACGAGACUUCCACAUUUUGUUUGUGCCUCGGCGGAGCAUGCUGUGCGAGCAGCGGCUGAAGGAGCAGGGCGUGUUGGCCUCCUUCAUCAACAUCGACGAGUACAUCCUGGACCUGAUCCCCUACGAUGGCGACCUGCUCUCCAUGGAGUAUGAAAGUGCUUUCAGGGAGUGCUACUUGGAAAAUGACCAAACAAGCCUUUACCACACAGCCAAAGGCCUCAUGACCUUACAGGCCCUGUAUGGCACCAUCCCACAGAUAUAUGGGAAAGGAGACUGUGCUCGGCAUGUUGCCAACAUGAUGCUGCGAAUGAAGAGGGAGUUUGCCGGCAGUCAGAAUCAGAUCCUGCCGGUGUUCGAUACUCUGCUCCUCCUGGACCGCAAUGUCGACCUGCUCACCCCUCUGGCCACACAGCUCACCUACGAGGGUCUCAUCGACGAGAUCUAUGGAAUAACUAACGGUUACGUGAAGUUGCCUCCUGAGAAGUUUGCGCAGAAGAAGCAAGGCGAGGCGAGUAAAGAUUUACCGACAGAGUCCAAGAAGAUGCAGCUCAACUCGGCAGAGGAGCUGUACGCAGAAAUACGGGACAAAAAUUUCAAUGCUGUCGGAUCAGCGCUCAGCAAGAAGGCCAAAAUAAUUUCGGCAGCCUUUGAGGAGCGGCACAAUGCGAAAACAGUGGGAGAAAUUAAGCAGUUUGUGUCUCAGUUGCCCCACAUGCAGGCAGCUCGGAGCUCGCUGGCCAACCACACGUCUAUAGCAGAGCUGGUCAAGGAUAUCACCACAUCUGAGGCCUUCUUUGAUAAUCUAACAGUGGAGCAGGAGUUUAUGACUGGAGUGGAAACAGACAAGGUGAACACAUACAUAGAAGACUGCAUUGCCCAAAAGGAUCCCCUGAUCAAGAUACUGCGUCUGGUGUGUAUGCAGUCAGUCUGCAACAACGGCCUCAAGCAGAAGGUGUUCGACUACUAUAAGAGGGAGAUUCUCCAGACCUACGGUUAUGAACACAUACUAACACUGAACAACCUAGAGAAGGCAAGUCUUUUGAAGCCACAGACCAGCUCGAGGAACAACUACCCCACGAUAAGAAAAACCCUCAAACUGUGGAUGGAGGACGCCAAUGAACAGAAUCCCAACGACAUCUCCUACGUGUACAGUGGCUACGCUCCGCUGAGCGUUCGACUGACCCAGGUCUUGGCCAGGCCCGGCUGGCGUAGCAUCGAAGAGGUGCUGAAGAUGCUCCCCGGCCCACACUUUGAGGAGAGACAGCAGCUGCCUGCCGGCCUUCACAAGAAACGUCAGCAGGGGGAGAAUCGGACAACGCUGGUGUUCUUCCUCGGCGGAGUGUCGUACGCAGAAAUAGCCGCUCUUCGUUUCCUCUCUCAGAUGGAAGACAGUGGGAUGGAGUAUAUCAUAGCCACCACAAAACUCCUAAAUGGUACGACUUGGAUCAAAUCCCUCAUGGACCGGCCUGAAUCCCAGAUCCCCUGAGUCACCUGCAUGUACACCUGCAUGUACACCUGCCCACAUCAAACAACCCAUCCAUCCAUCGGAAAAACUCAGCUGCUGUUUUUUUUUUUUUUUUAUGUCCACAUCCGUGUACUGCAGGUGUUUCAUUGAUGUCUGAGCAACAACAGGCUCUGUAAAGGUGCCCUGUGGAGUUUUCUUUACUCUGUGUUUCUCACCAAAAUGUGGUGUGUAACCCGUUCAAUGCAUUUCCCUCUUCCUUUUGCAAAGCUGAUUCAUUGACUAUUUGAAAUAGUGCAUUGUCAUAUCCAUGUUUUCAUGCUUUACUACGCUUCUUCAUCCACAAACUGCGGAGCAGUGGAAUAGUGUGAAGCUGGAAACAGGAAUGUGUUUCACGCACCUGCAGCCACAUGCUUGUGCAUGAUACAAACACAACGUUGACCCACUUGUGAAAACAUUGCUCCAUAGUGCUUCGAAUGGUCAGAAACUCCACAGGGUACCAUGAUUGUUUUCCUGUCCUUGAUUUGCACCCAGACAAUAUACUAUAGAGCUGGUUUAAUGCUACUGUUCAACGUACAUCCCUUUGUCCUCUGGCUAUGUUUCCAUGACUGAGCUCUACUAUGGAGCGGCUGUAAAUAUGUAUGUAUGAUUUCAAACGUUUUUGAUGCUUGAGAUGCUGUUACACGUAAGAUGAUUAAAGGUGCACUUCUUCAAUGUUUGAAGGCUUUUGUGGGCUAAUAGGUAAAUAAAGUCCUCACUAACUGCAA